UCAAGCGGAGCAUCAUGUCCACGACGACGCUGCGCUUCUUGCCUCGGCGGCGGCACACGGCAGAUAGGAGCCACUAGAGGACACGCGUUACAAUACAGCGCAACAAGAGAGGACUUCAUUGUGCGCGUGUUGCACAUAGGAAGAGGACUGCCCAGGAACAACAACAACAACAAAAAUAAAAGUGAUUUUGGCGCGGUUUAAUCCGGGUUGAGGGAUUUCUACGGUGCAUGUGCAGCUGGGAAGACACUCGGCAGGCGGAUGGUUGUCGAAUUUGAAGAGAGGAGUCACCUCUGCAAGUCUCCGUUGAAGAUGAAGUCUGCAGGCAUGGCGGACGGAGGCUUGUUCACAGAGAGUUAUUGCAACAUUUGCAAUGCCCAGCUCAUUUCAGAGUCCCAGCGUACGGCACACUACGAGAGCAAGAAACACGCCAACAAGGUGCGUCUGUUUUAUAUGCUUCACCCGGAAGAUGGGGGGCCACCCUCGAAGAGACUCAGGCCGGACAAUCCAGACUGUGAUGAGACAGAGGUGGACAAGAACAAGUGCUGCACCUUGUGUAACAUGUUCUUCACCUCGGCCAUCGUGGCUCAAUCCCACUACCAGGGAAAAACCCACGCCAAGAGAGUCCGUCUGGUGCUGGGUGAGACACCAAGCAUCCCCGCAGCCUUGCCCAUGCAGCCCACGAACGCAGAUUCCUCCCCUUCAACACCGCUGCCCUCGGACCCCACGGCGUGCCCCCUCCCUGCACCCGCGUCGCUGGUCAGCGGCAACGGCGGCAAAGAAGCCGGCAAGUACUGCUGCCUGUGCAGCGCCUGGUUCAACAACCCGCUGAUGGCCCAGCAGCACUACGAGGGCAAGAAGCACCGCAGGAACGCUGCCCGAGCACGCCUGGUGGAGCAGCUCGCGGGAAGCCUGGAUGCCACGGAGAGCACAGGGCUGCGCAGCAGUUAUUCCUGCAGCGUCUGCAGCGUGGUCCUCAACUCCAUCGAGCAGUACCAUGCACACCUCCAGGGCUCCAAACAUCAGAACAACCUGAAGCAGCAACAGCAGUGAGCCACAAGAACACGGGGGCCUCUCAAGAAAGACAUGGAGUUAGCAGACUUCUGAUAUCCUGCCAUAUGACACAAACUGAACAAUGCGUGCACGCGGGUGAGACCGUCCGAGACAUCCAGCCGCACGACCUAAACAUGCGUGUGUGGGUUAUAUCAACGGUAUUUAUUAAUUUCUGUGACCUAAAAUGAUAGCUCUUGAGAUUUGUUUUGAUUUAUUCUGCACUGCUGUGUUUCACAUGAGUUGUGCACCGACAGCCACUAAAGGCAAUCUGGCUGUGGACUGCCAUAUACAAUAGUAAUAAUAAUAAUAAUAAAAUACUUUGAUUAUAACGAUGUCAAUACCUAGAAUGUUACUUGCAGCUAAGCAUAAAUUACUUAUACACUGGCCAAAUGUUCAGUUAAAGUGAAAAAGGUUAUUUUUGAUGAAUGGAUUUUGCUUAGAUGAAAAAAAAAGUUAAUAGCUUGAAAUAUAUUUUUUCUUUUUUUUUUAGCAUUUUGUCUUAAAAGCGAAAAAUGUCUAAAAAUUAUUCAUACCCUCUCUCUGUAUGCAUAUUCAAUGUUCAAAAUGUAUCGUUGACUUCAAAGCCCUGAAUUAACGCAUACAUUUCUGUAAACAAAAAUAGGCAGCACAGUGGUAAAGCUCGUAAAGCGUUGGCCUCACAGUUCUGAGGACUCUGGUUCGAUCCCGGCCACACCUGUGUGGAGUUCGCAUGUUCUCCCCGUGCCUGUGUGAGUUUUCUCUGGGCAUUCCAGUUUCCUUCCUAAUCCCCAAAACAUUCAACAUUAAUUGGACACUCUAAAUUGCCCGUAGGUGUGAUUGUGAGUGUAGCUGUUUAUCUUGAUGUGCCCUGCGAUUGGCUAGCAAUCAGUUAAGGGUGUACCCCGCCUCCUGUCCGUUGACAGAUGGGAUAGGCUCCAGCACUCCCCGUGACCCUCGUGAGGAUAAGCAUCAAAGAAAAUGGAUGGACUCUGUAAAUAUUGGCCAGGUACAUUUUUUUUAAUCAAUUGCAGUUGAGGUGAGGUGUUCUGAUGGAAAUUAGGGCGAGGAUUAUUGUAAUGGAAGUUUACCAAAACAUGUCUUGAGGCUUGGUGAAACAGCAUGUGGCUUGCUACACAGUGUUUUAUCUCCAUGCUCCGUUCCAAAUAACUGAAGUAGGAAAGUCCCAUUCCCUUUUUUGUGCAACUGAGUCCAAGUCACUGCUGAGACCGAGUCCAGAUCUGAUACCUUAGUCAUGCAGGGAGGGAAGUAAGCACAUCCAAAUAGUUUUAUUUGGACUUUUUUGUAUCAACAUUUCUUAUUAUACUUUAGUAUCUUGUGAAAUAAACUAAAAUCUAAAACCGAAAACACCUUAACAUCUAAAAUGGUUAAUUCAUCAAGUUUACACACCACAACAUUGUACAGUAGAAAUAAGAGAACACUUACACUUAACUCCACCUCUAAGAGGUUGCUUCACAUUUAGUCACAAAUAACAUCAAAUCCCCAUUUCAGGGCAUUGGAGAAUAUAGAACUCGUCAUCUAAUAUUAAAAUGAACAAGGAUGCAAAAUGCUGAAUUUACUGAUACUGUUGCACCGCUAUCUUUAUUUCUAACUAAAGUACCGUAUUUUCCGCACUAUAAUGCGCACCGCAUCAUAAGGCGCACCUUCAAUGAAUCGCUUAUUUUAAAACUUUCAUACAUAAGGUCCACCGCAUUUUAAGGCGCAUUGUCAACUUUUGAGAAAAUUAAAGGCUUUUAGGUGCGCCUUGUAGUAAAUACGGUACUUCCAGACGAUGUUAUCCCUAUCCUUGAGACCCCAACUUCACAUUUGCACGAUCCACUAAUUACGGCAGUCCAACUGUUGAUGUGAUAGUGAUUUGGGUUAUGCAGUUUACUGACUGAGUGUCAUCAAGAAGCAACGUUGUCUGUUUGGUGUCCGACAUAGCUCCUCUUUUAUUUUGUCAAACAAUUCACCCUGUAUGAAACAGGUAACGUGGCCUUUUUGUUUGGUUCACAUAUGAACAAAAACAUGGUUUGCAACUGGGCUUUAAAAGUUGCAGCUCAAAUAAACUUAUUUUGUGGAAUUCCAGCAUUCGUGUGGUUACGGUUUUGUGCCACUCAUCUUUUUCACAAAAACAACACAAACCCCAAGUGUUGUGUUUUGCAAUAUAAAACAGCCAUUCGUGUCCCGUUCGGCAGUAUGCUGUGUUUGUAUCUAGAGGUUAUGUUUUCCUUUGUGACCCUUAAAAUGAAAAAAAGUUUCCAAUAAAAUCGAAUCUUUUCCACUCAAUACUGAGAUAUACACGUGUAGAAUGUAGAAUAGCAAGAGUGCACGAAUACAAAAGUCAGCUGGGUUAGGUCACAGAACAACAAAUGACCUCGCGACCCAAAUGAGGAUGAGUGAAUAGAAAAUGAAUGGCUGAUGGGGAAUUUUCAAUAAUUAUCAGGAUGGAAAAACAAAUAUGAAAUUUGUCCUUGACAUCUCUUAACAGGACUUAUUUUGCCACUUUCCAGACAGCAGACACUCAACACAUUCAUUUUAACUCAACUUUUGGCCAGUGUACGAAUAAAUCGGUUUAAACUAUAUAUUAAAAUGAUCGUCAUUGAACAGCAUUUGAACAUCAAGCUGCCCAGUGUGUCAAAUGUUUGGACGGACAUACAUUCUUACUUUGGGCUCCUUUUCAGACCACGUGACAACCACUCAGGCACCCACUUUUAAAAAAACCCAAGGACAAGAAAACUCCUAAUGACCUCAGAUUGCAAGAAAAGUUCUUUUUGUGUGAUGAUGAAUAGAGAGGACAGAAGUGACUCAAACCAAAUGAUUUUUCGAUCCCCAUUUUCAUGGUGAUUCUGAAUCAUCAAAAGCCGGCUUGGAUUGAUGACGGUCGACAAAAUGCAGCACAAAAAAAAAAAAAAAAAAAAGACUAACGGGAAACUCAUGUUGAAGCUGGAUAAAACAUUCCUACAGAGCUGAAUAUUGAUGUCAGAAGCAGUCCGGAGGAUACAAAAUCUCCCCUGGUCUGUUGAAAAGGGCAACAUCUAUUCUAACUUUUUCUGUUGCUAGAGCCAGAGGAAAAACAUCACUUAGGAACUACAGUAUGUAGCAGUCUAUGUGUAAUCAUGUAUCUCCGUGCAUGGGAAUUUUUUGCAUUCACUUGCUUUUCAUUUCUCUUCAUAGAUUGCUUGCACAUUUUGGCAAUAGUGCUGCUCUCUAGUGUUACCUUAACGCGGUAUUGCUCACGCCUCACUGACGCAGACGGAAUCUUUCACCUCUGUUUCAUUAAAAAGUGAAACCUUUUGAUACCUGACCUGUGAACAUUGUAUAUGUCCUCUUAUUAGAGUGUCUGUCGAGUGAACUUUGAAUUAUUUGUAGCACUUUAAAAGAGGGAAAUGCUCCGCUUUCCUGUGCUGUUGCUAAAUUGACUAGCAUUCACACUUCAUUCGAAUGGAGGACUGAAAUGGCACAGCAUUACACUAAGCUACUAUUCCUGAUUUUCACAUAAAAUCUGGUUCAGUCUUUUGAAAAUAAGAUGUUUUUAUUUGUGCAUUAUCUGAAAAAUGAGUGAAAUUCAAAUGACCUACUGUUAUUAGACAUAGUAGUUUUUCCUCUAAGGAUGAUUGAAAAGAGUGUUUUGAAGCAGAAAAAGCAAAAAAAAAAAAUGUAAAUAAGCAGUUGCUUCCAGUCUGUGUGUUGAGAUUCACAAGAGUUUUGUAUUUAUAAUGUUUAUCUGCACUAAGAUACCGGGUGAGGAGGGAAAUGUGUUGUUAUUGAAUAAUGAAAAUAGAUAUACUGACAUCGAUAUGAGAAUAAAAUGUCGUUUGAAUGACGUGCAGGGGGGUUUGGCUUCAAUGCAGGAGUUUGUUGGAUUAAAAUGCAACAUUGAAACUGCAAUUAAAUUGCACACAUUUUGGAACAUCCUGAACACGGCUUCAUGAUUGAUCUCUGGAUUUUGUUCCAACACUUCCUCAGCAGCACUCUUACUAAUUUACCAUUGGAAGCAGAGAGUUCGUUUUGAUUGACGUCAACGUGCCUAAGAGUCAUUAAAUGUUUUAGAAAUUUAUACAUGGCUGAGAAUUACUUA